UGGGGACUUGUCACACGUGAGCUUUCCCUCAACUGGACCAAGACUCUUUACAACGAGCAUCUUCUUUGCCCCAGAGUUGGGAUCGCCAGGACUCGUCUGCCACUUCGGACCCUCCGCCGCAGCCUGCCAGGUGACCCUACUGCUGAGGAGAUGGUAAAUUCCCCAGUUUCCCUGGACUCGUUUCAGCGGGUACCUCAGCCCAGCAGUCUCAUCUUCCUUAUCCACCUCCUCCUCUUCCUCCAGCCUCGGGAGUCAAACUCAGAGGAGGUCAAGGUGAUUGGCCCUGGGGAGUCCAUCCUGGCGAAUGUCGGGGAAGAGGUGGAGUUCCCGUGCCACCUGUCCCCCUACCGAGAUGCGGAGCACAUGGAGAUCCUCUGGUUCCGGAGCCAGGCCUCCAACGUGGUGCACCUGUACCAGGACCGGCGGGAGCUCCCGGGGCGGCAGAUGGCGCAGUUCCAGAACAGGACCACACUCAUCAAGGACGAGAUCUUGGAUGGCGCCGUGAUCCUGCAGCUCCAGGACGUGCUCCCCGCCGACCAGGGCUCUUAUGGGUGCCGCUUCCUCUCCCGCGACGACUCCUUCUCCGGGGAAGCUGUAUGGGAGCUGGAGGUAGCAGGAAUGGGGUCAGACCCUCACAUCUCCCUUGAGGGCUUCAAGAAAGGAGGCAUUCAGCUCAGGUGCAGCUCCAGUGGCUGGUACCCCAAGCCUCAGGCUCAGUGGAGAGGCCACCUGGGACAGUGCCUGCCUCCGGAGUUCGAAGCCAUCACCCAGGACGCCCGUGGCCUGUUCAGUCUGGAGACAUCUGUGGUCGUCCAAGGGGGGGCCCACAGCAACGUGUCCUGCUCCAUCCAGAACCCUGUUCUGCUCCAGAAGAAAGAGUUUGUGGUCCAAAUAGCAGGGAAACUCACCGCGGAGCUGGGGAAGGUGCAGUCAGAGCUUGACUGGAGAAGGGCUGAAGGCCAGGCUGAGUGGAGAGCAGCCCAGCAAUAUGCAGUGAACGUGACCCUGGAUUCGGCCUCAGCACACCCCAGCCUGGAGGUCUCCCAGGACGGCAGGAGCGUGUCCUCCCGCGGGGCGGCCUUGUUCCCGGCAGUGCCGGGAGACCCGCAGCGGUUCACCGAGCAGACGUGCGUGCUGAUGCUGGAGCCGCAGCGCCGGGCGCUGUCCCUGCGCGUGCCGCCCCGGCGAGUGGGCAUCUUCCUGGACUGCGAGGCCGGGAAGCUGGCCUUUUUCAACGUGUCCGACGGCUCCCACAUCUUCACCUUCACCGACACCUUCUCGGGGCCGCUCUGUGCGUACUUCAGGCCCAGAGCCCCCGACGGCAGCACACGCCCCGAUCCGCUCACCAUCUGCCCGUUGCCCGUUCGAGGAACACGCGUCCCCGAAGAGGAGGACGGUGACACCUGGGCACAGCCUUACGAGCCCUCGGCGCCCCCCAUGGACCCAUGGUGAGGCGCGCGCUCGCCGGGUGGAGGAAGCCCCGCCAAAAUGCCAGCAAAGGCGACAGACAGACAGACAGCACAGCGGAAGGGAAACAGACAGGGGCUUGGCCUGCGUAGAUGUGUCUGUGUGUUUAGAAUUUUCUUUUUUUUAAAAAAGAGGCAAUUCCCAAGCUUGUCUGUGUGUAUCAUAGGAUUGAGAAAGUGAGGAAAACAUAUUGAUGUUGCCAGGAGCCACUGUGCUCACUGCGCAAAGGG